CUUGAAGAUUUUUUGAGAUCCAUUCUAAAAAUACACAAUUUUGUCAUUUAUCUUGGUGAAUAUCAAAGAGUUCUUUAAGGGUGAUUUUGCAGUUUUAGCCUUUGCAUCAUCUGUGUGAUAAUGUUCUGAAGAACAACUUCUUAAAGAAGUUCUUGCAGAACUUGUAAAUUAGGAAGAUUUUAGGUAACCUCUGGAGAUAAAUACUUGGGUGGAAGACAGACUAUUCAACCUAGAUGGGAAGGUGAUGAGAUUAGGGGGAGCAUAUAGAUGAGCUAGGAUGCAGUUAUAUCUGAAGUGAAGGUCCCUACUCACCUGACAUCUAACUCAUGUACAAAUAUGUGAGUCAUUUUGUUUUUAGAUUCCUAGCUGGUCAUAAAAUCAAGAGACUUUUCUUAUGAGACUGGCCAAUGAAACAUACCCAUUUUCCUGCAAUGGAGAGUGUUGUAUUACUUCAUACUGCUGAGCUUUAAGGCUUGACUGCUAUAACAGAUUCUACUUGAAUUUAUUCUUUAAAACUAACACCAUAGCUUGUGUUUUACAGUUUUUAUUGAUGUUUUCUGAGUAAACUGGAUAUAACAGUUGAUGGUUUUUGUUCUUGUUUUUUAAAUCAAGGUUUCUACUAUUUUCUAGUACCAGUUGAAAGAUGGAUGACGACGACUUUGGAGGAUUUGAGGCAGCAGAGUCCUAUGAGUGUGGAAAUGGUGAAACACAGACUACAUCUCCUGCUAUUCCUUGGGCAGCCUUUCCUACAGUAGUAUCUGAAGUCCAUGCAUCUCAAAACGUAUCUCCUGAUGUUCUUCUGGAGCACUCUGUGCCUUCUUCCUGCCUUGUUCCUUCUGACUCAUUUACUUUAUCAAGUGAUAAUGUGGCAACAGCUGUUCAAACAGCCAACAGUGUUCUAAACACAGCUGUUCUUAAAGAACAGAUUCAAGCAGGUAUUCCAGUUGCCUCUCUGAAUCUAAUUGAAGACAAGUCUUUAGUCACAUCAACCAUCGCUUUGGAUGAUGCUGAGAUACAGAGAACAAAAGAAUCAAAGAACAACCUUCAGCAAACUGUUGCAAGCUUAGAAAUUAAACUUGACACUGCUGAAGAAGAAAAAUUUAUCAUUAAAAAGGAAUUAGAAUAUUUACUGGAGAAAUAUAGUAUUUUAGAAAUGGAUUUCUUGAAGGAAAAAAAAGAAAAAGUCAUUUCACAUCAAGAUGAUUACAAGAUGCUUCAGGAGAAGCAUAAGCAGGAGUUAGAAGACAUGAGAAAAGCUGGACAUGAAGCCUUGAGCAUUAUUGUUGAAGAAUUCAAGGCGCUGCUACAGUCUACAGUUCAACAGCGAGAAGCAGCUAUUGAAAAACAGUAUAUACUGACUAUUGAAAAACACUCUCACAAAUGUGAAGAACUUCUUAAUGUUCAGCAUCAGAGACUUCUUGACAUUUUGGAGGCAGAGAAGGAAGCGUUAUCAGAAAAGAUGGAAGAAGCUUUGCUGCAACAAUCACAAAAACAUAAGGAAGUACUUGACAAAUGUUUGGAUGAAGAAAGGAAAAGAAGUAAGGAGGCUCUGGCAGCUGUGGCAAAGGCUGAAAAAGAAGUCGUGCAAGAGGCUGUUCUGAAAGCAGUAGAGGAGGAAAGGAGAAAUAUGGAGAAGAUUCAUGCAGAAGAAAGAAAAAUGUGGGAAGCAGAACGUGACACACACAAAGAAAAGAUUGCCCAGGCUGUUUUGCAAGCCAUGCAAGAGCAAAGAAAACACAAUCAGGAAAUUGUCAAGGAAGCAUUAAUGGAGGAGCAAAAGCGAAGUCAAAAGGCAAUCGAAGAAGCUGUGAAAAGUACAAGAGAGGAACUGAUGGAAUAUAUUAAAGAACAGAAAAGGCUUGAUCAAGUUGUCCGUCAGAGAAAUCUGUCUAGCUUGGAACUUUUUCUCUCAUGUGCGCAGAAACAAUUAAGCGCUUUAUUAAAGGAAGAGCCGAUCACUACAGAAGAAAAGAAAGAGUGACAUUCUUCGUACCACCAAUAUUCCAGUACUGUGAUUUGUGGAGCUGCAAAUCUCAAUGUAGCAAAUGUCAGAUGUUUUCUUUUCUAAUCAUUUGGGAUUUUACCAGUGGUUCAAGGUUGAUCUGAAGCUGUGGUUGACAGAAAUAUUUGUGGAUGUUGUUCUUUGAUUUUUUUCCCCCCUUUUAACUACUAUUUUCAGAUUGGAAAAUAAGGAAUAAGAAAAUGACUGGAAAAAAAAUAUUUGUUUUUAUUUAUGAUUGUGGUUUCUUUAUAUUUUCUAGUAAUCCAUGAUUGAUAUUCUAGGUAACUGCAGCAAUGAUGAAAACAUUUCCCUGUUAUGGCUGUUUAAACAGUAGUAUGAUGUGUCUGUGUAAUUUAUUAAUGUUUUUGAUAUUUUUAAAAAUGGAGAAAAAGAUUUAAUUAAAUAUUCAUGCAAGUCUAUUUAUAUUUCCAAAGUAUAUGCCCAAGUACAUUGCUUCAGGUGAGGCUGAAGAGCUUAUUACCUUCUAUUACUUUGGAUGUAUAACAGAAGAUCAAUACUGAAUUUUAAGAGUGUUGACAGGCAUUUCCUUAAUCAUUUAAAAACAGCUCCAGCUCUAGAAAUAGAAAAGUUUAAAAACUAAACACUACAUCUUUUUACAGUAGUGCAAAGCAUUUGAGAACUCUUUGUGUUGUAAUAACUAAUGUAUGGUAUAUACUUUAUUUCUUGUUUUUUUGAAGCUAGUCCGAUUCCAAAAGUCAUUUUCUCAUGAAAGUAGGAUUAAUGUGACUGACCUCAAUUUCAGGAAAAAGAUGUAUGUAAUUAUGUGGAGACUGAUACUGCACUGCUUCAGUGGAAUUUCUGACAGGAUGAGUGCAGGAUGCUGACCUCAGAUGCCCUCUCUAAACCUACUGAAGAAAGUAGAAAUACUCCCCACUGACUGCAUUGGGCUUUGCAUCAUUAGGUUUACCCAGUCUUCCUAAUGGCAGCAUGCCUACACACUACUGAUAGUAGAUUUGGGACUUUAGUUCAGAGGAGUUCUGAAUGAAGUGAGGGAGAAGAAAAAUAUUGCUCAUACUUAUGAAUGUAAAUAAAUUGUAAAUGAUAUCUCUAGUAGUGGGCAUGUGAUUCAGUGGGGACUCGUGGGCGUUUUAUAGUGGAGAUGCACUUUGCACUUGGUAAUCUGAGUUUUUUUGCUUUUUUUUUACAUUGGUGUUACUCUUCAUACAUAAUGGAUUUUCUUUUGUCAAUAAAGAAAUUCCAAAUGGUUCAUAUGUGUUUGCCAUGUGGAAUACGUACUACAGGGUGUUUAGGUAUUAUUUAAAUCUUCUUUUUCUGUGCUUCAUUUUUGUAGUCAAAACUAAAAUUUUUAUCUUCUGUAUGACUGCAGAGGUUUACUGAAGAAGUAAACAAUACAGGUUUUACUGUAUGAUGACCUCUCCCUACCAGUGAAUGAAAAAUCAGUCUUCUUUUUUUUCUAUAUCUUGAUUGACUGAUUACUUUCCAUUUCUUCUGGCAGACCAAAAGAUACCUUAGUGUUGAUGAGUCCAAAUGAUGUUUUUUACGUGGAGAGAAUAGGCAGAGGAUACAGUCUUGACAUUUGAUUCUCUUAAUUUUGACCGUCCGUCCGUCUCCCUUUGUUACUCAGUUUUGGUGUGUAAGUCUUGUUUUGUUUCAGGGCUAUGGGGUUAUGGAGAAUUUGGGCAUUUUUCAUCUCCAGGUCCUGACCAGAAGAUUACAGUCUUCUAUUUGUUUAUUGGUCCCAAGCAAGUGUAAUUCAUGUCUUUAUCAACUCCAGCUAGGAUGGUGCUGAUCUACACAUUACUUAUUUGGGAAAUAGUGCAAAAUACUAUUUGUAUAGUGCUGUCUCACAAUCUAUGUUUAAUUGUGGAGAUAAGAUAUGAAUAGAUUCCUAGAUGGGCUUCAACCUUCUGUUUUUUAUUUCUAGGGCCAUACUUGGAAUAGUAUUCCUUUGUACAAUAGACUGCGAAGUGUUCCCUAUCAAAAGCCAGAGCCCUCAUGCGUUACCAGCAUUCUCGUACUGAAGAGUUUUACGUUCUGAGUUGCAAUAAUAUGCAAAAGCAUUUGUUAGAGAAGUUUUUGAUGAGAAUCAAUAAGAUUUCGCUGACAACUACUGUGUAUCUUUUCCAUUAGCACCAUGUGUUGUUUAAUGUCAACUCCUGAAUAUUGUGAUUAUCACAGAGAGCGGUAAGGGUAUGGGGGUUUUUUUGCUGUAGUUUUUUGAUUUCUUUACCUUUGACAGAUUUAGUCCCUUAAUCUUUCUCUCUACACUCCAAGCAAAACUGCUGAUUUAGUGUCUGCUACUUAAAGUGGUGACAAAUAAUAAAACAGAAUUAGACCACAGUCAUACAAAAAUCAGGCUGAGAACCUGGAUUGCAUUCAAAACCCCAAGUCUCGGAGAAGAAAUGUUGUUAUCCAGCAGAAAAAACUAUCCAGUGUGCGAGCUUUGCAAUAUGUAGUAACCUUCAUCUUGUCCACAUCCCACCCAAAGCUUUAGAGCCUAGUCUUAUUUUACAUUGUUUCUACAUAACUAAAGGACAAUACAGUCUGUGGAAUUUUGAGAGGGAGAAAGGCAAGGAAGGGUUCGCAAAACCCAGUCUAACUGGGUCUAGUGAGCCAGCUAAUCACUAGAGUAAUGUCUAGUGACAUUACAAGUCUCUUUUCUUUGUUAUUUUUUGUUUGUUUGUUUAUUUUUUUGUCUCCUGACAGACUGAAGAACAAUAUCUAAGAGAAAUAAUAUGUUCAAGACCUACUGGUACAACUUUCUCUGCCUCUUUGAGGCAUGGUUGCCGUCUUGGUGGAAUUUUUCCCUUCUAUAAUAUAUUUAAGUAUUAGUAUUUUUAAUAACCAUGAUUGUAUAAAAUAAUUUUGGCAAGAGUGCUAUUUAAUAGGAGAAAGAAGAAAAUCAUAGCCCCUUGAAAUGACCCUUGUGACCAACAAAUGCAAGAACAAAAAUGUUCAAGCUAGUGAAUCUGCAGCCUAGAACAUCACCAAAACUCAUAUAUACAUAUAUAUAUAUGAUUUUAUAUUUAAUUUUAUUUACUUUAUAUUAAAAAUAAGCCGUAAUUCUUGUUAUGCAAAUAUGUGUUUUAAAUAGUUGUGUGUAUUAAAAGCUAGCUGGAAGACUGGAGUAACAACAGAACUAGUAUAUAUAAUGUUGUCUUUCAUUGCUGUUAGUGUCAGGCCUCUUCCAAUUUAAC